GCCGGAGCCAUCCAAUAGUGUGUGAGGUAGUAUUAGAAAAACAAAGCAGACAUUCAGUCAACAUGGGCGCAAAAGGCGUAAUUGUGUUCCCGCUUGGAAAACCAGCAAAACUUUUAAAAUGGGCCGUGGAGGAGGGAUCUUUCGUUUCUAUAGGUCGUGUGCUACUAUUUUACAACCUAAAUGUGGAUGCAGAGAAACCGACAGAACAAAAAUUGAAGGCAAAGACCGUGGGUGUAAUUCGAAAGCUGUUGGUGAAGGAAGGCGAAAUAAUCGAACCAGGGAAGGAAAUAUUGGAAUUAGAUGGCUGCACACAUCCAACUGUUAUGAAUUCCAUGUGUGCAGAAUGUGGAGUAGACUUGAAGGAAGACGACCAGGUUGAAAGUAAUGCAUCUGUGCCUGUUAUACACAGCAUUCCUGAUCUCAAAGUCAGCAGAGAGCAAGCAGAAAUUCUUGGAAAAGCUGAUGAAGAGAGGCUUCUUAAGGAACGGAGGUUGGUGUUGUUGGUUGACUUGGAUCAGACUCUGAUCCAUACUACAAAUGAUAAUAUUCCACCAAACAUAAAGGAUAUUUAUCACUUUCAGCUGUAUGGGUCAGUGUCUCCUUGGUACCACACUCGUAUAAGACCUGGCACCCAGAAGUUCUUAAGUGAAAUAACACAGUAUUAUGAAUUACAUAUUUGUACAUUUGGUGCUCGCAAUUACGCACAUACGAUUGCCACAUUUCUCGAUCCAGAUGGAAAAUACUUUUCACAUCGCAUUCUUUCCCGUGAUGAAUGCUUCAGUUCUAAUACGAAGACAGCAAAUCUGAAGGCACUUUUUCCCUGUGGGGACAAUUUGGUGUGUAUUAUUGAUGACCGAGAAGAUGUCUGGAAUUUUGCUCCUAAUUUGAUCCAUGUCAAACCAUACCACUUUUUCCAACACACGGGGGAUAUAAAUGCCCCACCAGGUCUAGCAAAAUGUGAAAAUGAUGAUAAAAGUGGCCACGAUUUUAAAAAAUCAGGUGCUAAACCUGCAACUGAAAUGGGGGGUGACAGCAAAGGAAAUGGUUCUGCCUCAGAGUCGAAUAAGCUUGUAGAAGGUGAAGAAAAUAAUUUGAACAAACCGUGUGUAGUAGCUGAUAGUAAGGAAGAGAAAGAUGGUUUUCAAAAUACCCUGCCUGGGAAGGAAAGUAUACAGAAUCACAUUAAUAAAAAAAGUAGUCCUGCAGUAAAUAAUUCUCAAAUGGAAUGUACAGAAGCAACUGCAAGUGAAAUUACUACAGGAAAGUCAAGCUUAGGUAAUGAAACUGAAUGUGAAUUGGCUAACAGAUUGAGUUCUACAUCAGAUUUGCAGGAGAAAGCAGAGAAAAAGCCAGACCAGAAGAAAGAAAAUGAUCAAAAGAAAAAUAAGAAUUUGUCAAGGGUGGAUAAACAGUUGAAGAAAGAAGAAAAAAAUAUCAGGUCUGCCGAAGAGGGAGAAAAUAAAAAGCCAAAUGCAGAGACAUUAAAGAAAGAAGAGGAAGCUGCUGAAAAAUCAGUUGUUUCAGACAAGGAAGCAGAUAAACCUGAUAGUACGACAGGUGCUAAUGGAGAUGAUGAACUAACAGAAGUGGAGGAUGAUGAUGAUUAUUUGAUAUAUCUUGAAGAGAUACUCAAAACCAUACAUCGCUCCUUUUAUGAAUUGUAUGAUGAAUCACCAGGUGAAAUGCCAGACUUGAAAAAUGUGAUUCCUUAUGUACGCCGAAAAGUCUUGGCAGGCACUUAUCUCGUCUUUAGUGGCCUUGUUCCUACACAUGUACCUCUGGAACGUAGUCGCGCCUAUCAGGUGGCAGUGCAAUUGGGCGCUGUGGUAACACCCGACCUGACAGAUUACACUACGCACUUGGUUGCUGUUCGCCCAGGCACUGCAAAGGUGAAUGCAGUGCAGAGGAGGCACGAUAAUAUUCUCCUCGUCACUCCCGACUGGCUCUGGGCAUGUGCAGAACGCUGGGAACAUGUCGAGGAGCGUCUCUUCCCGCUGGGCCGUGGCACCUCUGCUCGUCGUCAUCCACCGGCUCACUGUGCUUCACCUACUCGUGUUCCUCCGAGUUAUGUGUUAACUCCAGAUGAUUCCUCAGGACAGCAGAAGAGCACGUCUGGUGACAGUGUCUUGGAAAUUAUCAAUCCCUUGAUGUCUUUUUCAUCUGAGGAUAUUGCGAGUAUGGACCGUGAAGUGGAAGAUAUCUUCAAUGAAUCGGAGAGUGAAAGUGACUCUGAAGGUGAAAGUAAGGCAGACACUGAUGAAGAUGAUAAAAAUGAUGACACUAUUCUGGGUGGUAGUCCUCCCAAGAUCAGGCAUGAGGAUGACAGCAGCAGCAGUAGUUCGGGGUCACUUACAGCGGAAAGUCCACAUGGCUGGAAACACCAUGAAGAAUUUAAGAGAGAGAAAAGACGAGCGAAGGAGGCAUUUGAAGAUGAUGAAGAUCUCCUAGAGGAUUCACCAUGUGCCAAAUUCAGACGUGGGGAAAAGGUGCCAAGUGAUCUGGAUGUCGAUAGUCCAGAAGAUGAAGAGAGUGCAAGUAAUGAUGGAAGUGAUGAGCCUCCCGAUGAAGUAGAUGAUGGGGAAUGGAAUAUGAUGGGUGCUGCUCUUGAAAGGGAAUUCCUCUCGGGCAGUGACUAACUUAUGUUACAGUGUGCCUUGGUGGAAGUUCCUGCUGUUGGUACAUACUGCCACAUAUAGUUACAUUCUUUAUUUGGGUGUCAAACUAGCAUACAGUAGUACCCUGUUCUAGAACUGUGACUAUAGACUCAAAAAUUCAUCUUUGCUAUGCAUUGAUGAAUAGUUAAAGGCUGAAGUUUGAAAGUUACCCCAGUGAAAGAUUUCUCAUGUUAGGAAAAGAACUAAUAAUUUGUAAAGACAUUUCACUAAGUUUCAAUGAAUUUUAGCUUGUGCUCAUGUAUCAAGAACAGUGUGGGCUCUCUCUCUCUCUCUCUCUCUCUCUCUCUCUCUCUCUCUUUCUCUCUCUUUCUUUCUUUCUUUCUUUCUCUCUUCCUCAUUCCUUUUUCUCUUUUUCUGGGUGUGUGCAUGUGGGGGAGAGGGGGGGGGGUCACUCUCUAAAGGUAUAAAACCCUGAGAUUUCCCUGUUGUGGCACGUGUCUUUAGAAUUUGCUUAAUGAUUAGCAACAGGGAUAUGACCGCACUGCAGAGCUGCUUGCAUGGACACACAUUCAUUUCAAUGAGCACUUUUUCUGUAAUCAUUUGUAAAGAUUGUACAAAUAAUUUAUUGUGCUAGUCAUGAAAGUUUGUGAAAGUACAUGUACAUUAAACAUACAUAUUUUUCUAAUGUAAUUUUAGGAUUAUUACAACACUCAUUUUUAAUGUGUGGCUCAGUAUGAGGACAAGAGAGAGGUGCAAAAUAUCUUAAGGUUUUAAAAUGCUGUAUAACAUUAAUAUUUGGAUUCACAGCACAUUUUGAUAUUUUGGAAAACCUUACAGACUUCAGUCUGACUUAAAUAUAUGCAAAACUGCCCAAGGAGUCUUUCCGUGCUGAAGUGUUCAUCAGUAAUUUGUUUUUUAAUGUGAACUGCAUUUAUUAGUAAAUGAAUGCUGCAAAACAACAAUAUUGUUUUCCCUUCCUUCUCAGUAGUAAUAAAGUAACAAAAGUUACUAACCAUAAAUGUGUAGUGACAAGUGUGAAAAUGUGGAAUAUUUUGUGUGCUGAACUGAUUGUUUCCUGCUUGUGUUCAGUUGCUGACUUCCUCAGAAGAGUGCGAAGAUGCAUUAAAUUAAAUCGAGUUUCUAAAUAUUUGAUCAUCUAACAAUAUUAGUUUCAAUAUGCCAUCAUUACCAUAGCAAUAAUUGUUUUUCAACAUCACCGCUACACUAUUUCUACACUGUAAAGGAGAAACUUGGGAUUUCAGUUCAGGAAUUUCAUCCAUAAAUAUUUCACAAAGUUGUCUGUGUGUUGCUAUACCUUCAAAAUUAAAUUGAAAAUGGAACUUCAGAAUUUUCACCUAAGUUUAUUAUGAUAAAUGAAAAGUUUAAUUUUAUUGUCCACACAUUACUGUUUGCAGUAAAAUAGUUACUAAUUUGGUGAAUAAAUUUAUUUGCUUUUUUA